AUGGCGGGCAACAACGAGACCAAAGACAAAUCGGGGAAGAAUGCCAGUGGCCACUCUACCUUGCGGGCAGCAAAUGCCCAGGAAACGUGCUGGCUCUUCCAACUGCCGUCGGAGAUGCGACUCUCGAUAUACGAUUGUCAUUUCCGUAACACCAGAAUCACGCACGGCGUAUCAUACCGGACCACAAUCAUUCCUGCCCCUCAUUCUCUCGCGUUGUUGAAAACUUGCCGCCGGGUGAGAGAUGAGAUUGGCGGCAGCUGGCUUGGCCAGGUCCUGUUCAACUUUGAAACGUGCGAAGAGAUGAUGGUGAAGUUCAUGGCGCUUCCUGCGGCAACUCUAUCCAAGAUCCGUCACCUGCGGGCGCGAAUAGCGUCCUUUGACGUGGAUCCCAUCUGCACGAAUCCUUACUACCUGCCCGACCUUCUGAAGCGCCUGCCUGGCUUGCAGCUCGAUACCUUGACGGUCCUCAACCGGCACGGCAUUGACGUGCCAGCGGGCUGCGGGCGCCUUCGCAACAUCGUUGCGCUGCACGGCUUCAUAGGAUGCGGCCAGGGGUGGAAGGAGCUGCGGUUCAUCUCCCACCAUUCAUCACUGCGCGACCUUGUCGACGAGGUCAGCAAGGAUCAGUACCAGCGCGACCCGCAGCCAGCCGGCUGGAUCGACGAAAUGAACAGCCGAGACGGCGUCGAAAGCCAGCCGUCGGUCACUGUUUAUCAGUAUGCGCGAGCUGGCGUGACCUGCCCUGUGAUUAGCGAAGCGACGCGUGUGCCUCCGACGCAGACGCCGCCAGAGGCGGGUGAAGCAGCAGCAGCAGCAGCCGCCUCGGCAGCGCAGGAAAACGCCCCAAUCACGCCCCGCAAGGAGGAGCCGAAGGUUGCGAAGGAUCUCGCGGUCGUUGUGAAGCGCGGGAAAGGUGUCGACCAUCGGCAACGGAAGCAGCCGCCGGUUCCGCCUCCACCCGAAGCUGGCGACGUCGGCAUGGAGCAGUCUCCUCCCAGGAGGUGGGCGCAAAUCAGGCUCGAUUUUUUUGAAUGCAGGAUUUGCGCCGAGGAACUUUACAGCGGCGACGAAGAUGACCGUUUCCUCCUCGCAAACCGGCUCCCGAGACGUGUGGAUGUGUACAAACAUGUUGACGAGUACGAGUGGGUGCCCAAGGGUCGGGAGGAUUCUGGUUCUGAAGCAUAA